AUGUACCAGAGUUUUUGGUCUCGCACAAAUAAAUGUAACGUCCCUGGUGAUAGAAUAUUGAACUCUUUGGCUCUCCAUACUCUACAAGCUAGUGCCAUGGUCCCAGCUUCAGCACUUGGAGCCCUUCUGGACAAUGUGUUAACAGGUGAGCCAACAGGCAGAAAUUCUGAUAACAAUUCACAAAUACAAUUAACAGAUAGUGUGCCUCUUGGGGCUACUGUUUCGGCUAAGGUAAAGCUCAAAAUUUGGAAUAAUGAAUUUGUUGACUUGAAAUUUCUUUUACCCAACUCAACUGAAGAGCCCCUUUCCAUUAUGGUAAAAUCUGGUAAAAUUGAACUUCAACAAGCAUCAACAAAUAAAAACCCAAUUACAAUCCAUCAGUGGACAGAUGCUUAUCUGAUAUUUAUCAGCAUAUACUUGCAAAAAUUCCCUCAAGAGGCAAGCAAUCUGUUAAAGUACAUGUAUCAAAUUCGUGAAAUAAGCAAGCUCCACGGUGAUCAAGCUUGGAGGAAUUAUGAUGAGUCAUUUAGGAAAAUAAGAGAGACAUCUUUAUUACCAUGGGAAAGAGUAGUAACAGAAUUAAGGUUAAAGGCAGCAUCUAUGGGAAUUAGGUCUCCAAACAAAUCGCAAGGGAGUUUUGGAAAACGUCAGCCCUUUCGUCCCAGAUAUUGCUUUGCAUAUAACAAAGGGCAAAAGUGUAUAUCCCACCCGUGUAAAUUUUCCCAUACCUGCCAAGACUGUAACGGUCCCCACCCACGAUUACAGUGCACAAGCAUACGGUCUAACUCCACCUCCUCAUUCAGAACUGACAAUGGCCCUUCCAACACCAGUAAACCCAGUAAGUCUCAAAAAUGA